AUGCGGUUUCUCACAUUGUUUGCAGCCACUGGGCUGCUAUCCAUGGUGGAUGCCUAUCCAGGAGCAGAGAGCAACAAGCUCAGAGCUGAAGAGCGUGCUAUUGAUGAGGCGGCCAAGGGCCUCUUGGAUAACAAGUACACCUUGCCAACGUGCGCUACACUCAGCAUCAUCACGACAACCACGUUGACUGUUGAGACGACCAUCUAUGUCACUCCCACGGUGCCUCCCAAUACGGUCACGUCUACCCCAAUAACGCUCAAGACCGCAACCGUGACCGUCUCUCACCCAUCUGUGCCACCCUACUCCCCUCCUGCUGCCAGCUCCAGCACGACUCAUAUCCUGCCCAGCCAGUCUACCUCAAGACCUGGUAACCCGUUCACGUCUUCGCAGUCUUCUGCCAUCUCCAAGACAUCCUCCACAACCCCGGGCGGUCAGUUUGUGACCUCGUCGGCCUCCACUAGUGGCAGGUCUUCGACGACUAGGCCUCCUGCUCACUUCGAGCACUGCGUCUACCACCUCACGCACCGCUUCUUCGUCUACAACUUCACGCACUGCUUCUUCGUCUACCACUUCACGCACCGCUUCUUCGUCUACCACUUCACGUACUGCUUCUUCGUCUGUGCCCCCGGCUGGUUCUUCCGCGUCUACUUCUGGCACUGCCUCGAGCACGUCUUCUACACCUCCAGGCGGCCAGUUCUUGACCUCUUCCACCACUGUGAGCAGCGGCGCUUCAUCUUCCACCGCUUCCAGCAGAGUGUCAUCGACGCAGUCCACCACCGCGUCGAGCGUAGUGUCAUCUACGCAGUCUUCCACCGUCUCAAGCAGAGUGUCGUCUACGCAAUCUUCCACUGUGUCGAGCGGACUAUCAUCCACUCAGUCCAGCACUUCUGGAACGGCUUCUUCUACCACUUCAGGCCCUCCUGCUCUUCCACCACUUCAGCCACCAGCUCUGCGCCCACUGAUACGGAUGAUUGCGAUCCAACAGGUGAACCCAGCAGCAGCAGCGCUGUGAGUUCCACCGCGUCGAGUGGAGUAUCGUCUACGCAGUCGUCUACCAUACCCGGUGGAGCGUCAUCUACCAGCUCAGCUACCUCUUCCGGUCCUCCUGGUGGCCAGUUCUUGACAUCCUCUACAUCCAUUGGCGGUUCCUCAAGCACCUCCGUGUCUUCCACUGCGUCCAGCGGAGUAUCAUCCACGCAGUCUUCUACUACACCGGGUGGAGUAUCAUCCACGCAGUCUUCUACUACACCGGGUGGAGCGUCAUCUACCCAGUCCACCAGCUCAGCUACCUCUUCAGGCCCCCCUGGUGGCCAGUUCCUGACCUCUUCGACAUCCAUUGGCGGCUCCUCAACUACCGCUUCCGCCACCAGCUCGGUGCCAACUGACACGGACGACUGUGACCCAACAGACGAAGCCACGCCAAGCGCCACCUCGUCUACCUCUGCCGUGUCCUCCACUCCGGGUACUGCUUCUUCUGCCACCUCUUCCGGCCCCCCUGGUGGUCAGUUCCUGACAUCGUCUACAUCCAUUGGUGGCUCUUCUACCACCUCAGGCCCCCCUGGCGGUCAGUUCUUGACAUCGUCUACACUUAUUGGUGGCUCUUCACCUACUCCUUCGGCCACCAGCUCUGUGCCGACCGACACAGAUGACUGCGACCCAACAGACGAACCCACGCCAGGCGCCGGCUCAUCCACCGCUUCGUCUGAGACAUCUUUCACCAGAAGCUCCACUCCUGGAGGCGUGUUCCCAACCCUAGCCUCCUCUACGUCGGCCUCGGGCACACCAAGCUCCAACACAGCGAGCCCUACACCUGCCGUGCCCACCGAUGAUGGUGACGACGACGAUUGUGAUCCCACGGAUUCUGGUUCCGCAAGCAGCACCCCUGCCACGGCAAUUUUCAUCACUCGGAGCUCUACAGCUGAUCAGAGCAGCUCGACUAGCAUCGUUCCCUUCCAGCCCACUCCCUCCUUCUCCGUCCCUGGAGGUGCCUUCAACGAUCAUGUUUCCUCUAGCAGCAUCACUUCUCCCACCAGGGCUGUGACAAGUGGUUUGAGCACUCCUGCUAAUCCCACUGGUACUCCCACACCCGGCGAUGAUGAUGACUGUGACGACGGCGACAACCAGCUCACCCCCCCUGGCUCCGGAGCCUCGCCUACCAGACCCGGUGGCGCAAUUCCCCCUGUCACCACUUUUACCACACAGGGCGCAUCUACCCGCGUCCCCACAACGUUUGCAACCCUGCCUCGCCCAUCAUCCUCGUCCGGCCCCGCUGGUCCCAGAUCUUCUGAUACUAAUAACAACACUGGCAAUGGUGGCGACGACGACGAAGACUGCGAGGGGGAGGUUUAA